AUGUUUUCUCGCUUCGUGUUGCCUGCUCUUCUAUCCUUGGUGACUCUGGUAUCUGCGGACCCCGACCCUCAGGAGCCCGGUCCUGGCGCAGUCUUCAAUGAAGGCGCGACUUGUCACAUUGCGUGGGGCGCCGAUACAACGGGUGCUUGGAAGUCGAUGGCCAUUGAGCUGAUGACGGGCGACAACUGGAACAUGGUUCACUUGACCACUGUGGCCACUCUUGACGGAACAACGGCUACCACUUACGACUACCCUUGCCCUGACGUGACCAUCAAUGCCCCCAUCUACUUCUACCAAUUCACGUAUGCCGGUUCCCCCAGCACGAGAUACUGGACUACGCGCUUCACCAUCGCCGAUGCCUCAGGCGGCACCGUCGCUGCUCCGAACACUACCCAGCCUGACGGCCAAAAAAUUGGCUGGGGUAUCGGCGCCCUCACAGACCCCAGCACCGCAGUCGCCGCGCCCUCCUACCUUGGAAGUUCCAGCUCCGCCGCAGCGUCUGGCAGCGCUUCCGGCGCUGCUAGCUCUGUCGCUGUAUCUGCGGCGUCCUCUGCCGCCGCCACAUCCGCUGCGGCGUCCUCCGUCGCCGCCACCACUGCGCCCGCGUCCUCCGCCGCUGCCACGUCCUCGGGCCUCGUCACCUCCAAGGCUGCGGCCAGCUCCACAAAGGCGUCGUCCUCCGCUACCUCGAGCGCUGCGUCCGCGAGCGGCACCCCCGGAUCAGCGUCGACGCAGACAGGCGCUGCGCUCUCGGUCCACGCGUUCGCCUCGCGCGCUGGUCAGGUCACGGUCGCGCUCGCCGCGGUCGCUGGCACUUUCACCUUCUUUUAA